UUUUGAUCUUGUCUUUGAACUUUUUUUUUUUUUUUUUAGUUUCAAGUUACUUUUCUUCUUACAUAGACAGAUAGACAUACUGUCGCAACCUCGAUCGCAUACAAACUUCACGAUGGCGGGCGCAAAAAAGAACUUCAAGGCGACCAAGAAGUUUGAGAAGAAACAUCUGACAGGUGUUUUGGAUCAACGAAAAGCUUCUUCUAAGAUAAAGCAGAGACAACAACUGCAGGCCAAGAAGUUCAUCAAAAAGUCAAAAGAUGCCGAAUUCUAUAAGGGUGGCGAGGAUGGCGAUAAGAACAAGACCAAUGGCCCUAGAAAGACAGCAAACGUCAAUGACAUGAGCGUCGAUGACUUUUUUGGCGGCGGUUUCGAAAUUAUCCAAAAGUCCCAGCCAGGCAAGAAGUCGACCAAGAAGCUUGGGAAACGCAAGCGCGACGACCCCGAGGAAGAUGAUGGCGCAUCAGAUUCUGGCAGCGAUAUUGAUAUGUCUGGCGAUGAAAUGCCCAUUGCAAUUGGUGCCGACGACUCGGAUGAUAACGAAGUGGAUGACGUUGGCAUGAGCAAAGGUGCCAUGGACGCACUCGCCGACGAAGAUCCCGAAUUCUACAAGUUCUUGAAAGAGAAUGACCCCGAGGCAUUGGAUUUCGAUGACGCCGAUCUAGCUGAGGUGGACGAAUUGAGUGCUAGCGAGGAGGAAGAAGAAGAUCAGCCGAAGAAGAAGCGAAAGAAGGAGAAGAAGCAGAAGGGGAAAGCAGAUGGCCUGGAGGAGGAGGAGGAUAACAUGGAAGAUGAGUUGACACAGGCUAUGGUUGCACGUAUGAAAGCGACGUUAGAAGAAAAGAAAUCUCUUCGAGCUGCGAGACAAGUAGUGUUAGCUUUCCGAUCGGCGGCACACUUAAACGAAGAGGACGAUGAUCAGGGGAAAAAGCGACCGUACAAGAUAUCGAAUCCCGAAGUAUUCCACGAUAUCCUUAUCGUUGCCUUAAAACAGAUUCCCGAAGUCAUCCAGCACCAUGUCCCCAUCAAAGAGGCUUCGUCUGGCAAAGUCCAUGUGCCAACAGACUCUAAGAAAUUCAAGACCCUUUCGAUGCUUUUGAAGACUUAUGUUUCUGCCAUCUUACAUCUGCUAGGCACGCUCUCCGAUGACGCUACCCUCAAGUUGACGUUGUCUGCCAUCACGCCUCUUGUCCCUUACCUAUUAAGCUUCCGAAAGCUGCUUAAGAAUCUUAUCAAGACGGUUGUUAGUUUCUGGUCUCAGUCUACAAGCAGUGACUCCACCCGCAUCAUUGCUUUCUUAGUUCUUAGGCGGCUGGUGGUUACCGGUGACAAGGGUAUCAAAGAGGCCGUCUUGAAGGCAACCUACCAGGGGCUGAUUGCAGGAGCUCGUGUCACGAACGUCAAUACUCUACAAGGAAUCAAUCUCAUGAAGAACUCAGCAGCCGAGCUAUGGGGCUUAGACCAGAACAUUGGUUAUACGACGGCAUUCAGCUUUAUUCGACAACUUGCUAUUCAUCUACGUAAUAGCAUCGUCCACAACCAAAACGAGUCGUACAAGACCAUCUACAACUGGCAAUAUGUUCACUCGUUGGAUUUCUGGUCUUGUGUUUUGGCGGAACAUUGCAGUCCGUUGAAGGAGGCAGAAAGCGGAAAAGAAUCUCAACUUAAGUUGCUUAUAUAUCCGCUUGUCCAAGUCACGCUUGGUGCCAUGCGUUUGAUACCCACAGCAACCUACUUCCCCCUCCGAUUCCAUAUGAUAAGGUCGCUCCUCCGUAUUUCUCGAUCAACUGGAACUUACAUUCCACUGGCGUCUGCCUUGAUAGAAGUCUUGAACUCUGCCGAGAUUAGAAAGUCUCCCAAGCCAUCAACUAUCAAGCCCCUCGACUUCCAUAUCGCUUACAAGGCACCCAAAUCAUAUCUCCGAACUCGAGUCUACCAAGAUGGGGUAGGAGAACAGGUGGUAGAACUCUUCUCGGAAUAUUUCGUUCUAUGGUCUACCAACAUUGCGUUCCCCGAGUUUACCUUGCCGGUUAUCGUCAUGCUGAAGCGAUGGCUCAAGCAGUCGAGGAAAAGAACUGGCGGUAACAAUAACAACAAGGUCCGCGCUGGUCUUGUAUUGCUCGUGCAGAAGCUCGAGGCAAACGCCAAGUUUAUCGAGGGCAAGCGAGCGAAGGUAGAUUUCGCACCAAAAGACCGAGCCCAGGUCGAUGCGUUCUUGAAGGAUUUUGAGUGGGAGAAGACCCCAGUUGGCGCCUACGUUGUCGCCCAAAGAAAGGCGGGCGCGGAGAAGGCCAAAAUGUUAGAGCAGGCUAGGAAAGAGGACGAAAAGCGGCGAAAAGAGGAGGAGCAAGAAGCGUUGGAGGAGAACGCUGCUAAGUUGGAUAUUGAUGAUGAGAUGGAAGACUUUGAUGAGGAAGAGGAAGAGGACUCUUCGGACGAUGACGAUGAAGAGUAAUCUUGACUGUUAAUUAAAAAUCCGUUUCGAUGGAUUAAUCAACCGGGACACGGCGUAUACCUAGAUCAAAAGCUUUUCGACCCGUUAACCUUUUCAAUUAAUGCCCAAUCUUGUUACUCACGAUGCCUCUCAUUUACGGUGACAGGCGUAACAUAGAUGGGCUUCAAUGAUGACUGCCGAGUAAAUUGGGACUAUUGCACCCAGUCACAUUUCCCUAUCUGUGUACCCGAUGA